UUUAAGGUGGAAGAAUUUUGGGUUGUUCCCAUCCCAUCCCCUGCCCACCCCCCUCUCCCUCCCUCCAUGGCCAAAGCUUCCUCCUCCCUCUUCCAAACCGUAAAGCGCUACAUCAAGAAGCCAUGGGAGAUCACCGGCCCUUGUGCAGAUCCAGAGUACAGAUCUGCCGUCCCCAGCGCCUUAGAGUACAGGGUCUUUUGCCCCGCCACUACUAAGCAGAAACCCAUUGUCCCCACCUCCAAUCCCGAAACCGUCUUCGACAUUAAGUAUUACAGCCGCGACCAGCGUCGCAAUCGCCCUCCAAUUCGACGCACCAUCCUCAAGAAACCUGACAUCGAGCAGAUGAUGAAGGAGACUAAGUUCGACCCUGCCGACUUCCCCAAAGUUUAUCUUACUGCCGCAAUCGAGGAGGAUAUUAAUGCCCGUGGAGGUGGUUAUCAGAAGCAGUGAGGUUUGAUGGGUUCUUAUAAGAUGUUCAUGGCCUACUUGCUGCGGCAUGGAUUCUUUCCUUCUUUACUAUCUUCUGCGUAACUUUUGUUACUGUUAUUCUCACCAUUCUUAUCCCAAGAGUUGUAGUACUAGUGGUUGUCUAAUAAUUGUCAACUUGGUUGCAGAUUCCUGUAAAUGACCAUUAAUAACUUCGGAAAUUUUACCAGGUUUGUUGUUCUUUGGGAAAUGUUUUCUCCAGCUUGUAUUCUUCUACUCUGCCUCUCUUUCAGUUUCAACCUGAGAGUGGAUUAAGUUGGCAUAGUUUGUAGCCCAGCCUAUACAAUAAUACAAGACUUGGGAUUUGCCACCAGUAAA